GAGUGAUAUUUCAUUUGUGCGUUUUUGUCGUACGAUAAAUUUUUCAAGCUUGUUGAUUGACUAUAGGAUAGAGAGAUCUGAGGACCUCUCUGUUCUGUACACAUUUGUCGUACGACAAAUUUUUCAAGCCUGUUGAUUGGCUAUGGGAUAGAGAUAUCCGAAGACCUCUCUGUUCUGUCAUGUUCUGUAUACAUUUCUAUUAUACGACAAAGACGCACGAAUGAAAUAGCGCACUCGUAGUUAAUAUUAUAAAAUUAAAAUAAUGCACUGAUAUGACUGGCUCCUUUCAGCCCAGUGAUCUUUACUUGGAAGCGUGGUACUGUGAUUUUUACAAAAAAUCAGAAAUCCACCGGCCAGAAGAAGAAUUUUAUAAAGAGAGCAAUGUGGAACAAUGUCGAUACAAACAAAAGGGCUGGAAUUAAACAAAUGCAUUUUCUCUCACUUAUGGUAUACAUCUCUAAAUAUUUUCAAUAUAAACAAUGAUAGCAAUUUUUUGAAUGAAUUCCAUCACAACUGCUGUGUUGACUUAACAGAAUUGGAAACUGUAAUCGAAAGCUUGAUACAUUCCCCAAAUGAGGAGCAAUAUCAAUGGAUCGCUUAUAUAUUACUGUGGAAACUUAUAGAUAACAAGUCAGCUAAUGUUGACUGUAGUAUACAGUCCAAUAUUCAGACACAAUUUGAUUGCAUACAAAUAAAAAAUGCGAUAGAGCUAUGCAGAAUUGUUAUUAUUUCUUCAAGAACUAAGCACACAAUGUAGCAUAAAAUAUACUUCAAGUAUUAUAUUCCAACAAAUUCUUA